CAAAGCUUUGUCAGAGCCUUUUAUAACGCGUUUCAAGCGUGACACAGUAAAAUGUACGCGGAAGUUGCUAUUUGUUUUAUUAUGUCUCUAUGGCUUUUGACAAGCUGCAGCAAUGUUGUCGCCGACACUGACAACAUGGACCUCAUCUUGGAUUUACUUGGCAGCAAUAGCAGCUAUAGCUGGGAAGCGAAUAAAGCUGAUUCUAUGCUGGUGCCGCCCUAUUUAUAUCCGUAUAUAUUGAUCGGCUUGUGGCUGACAUGCGUCUGUAGUGUUAUUUGCUGUUGUUUAUACUGCAAGUGCAAACAGGAGACAACGCGCAUGACAUCGUUUAAAACCAAUAGCUUUGAGCUGCAGGAAGUGCAUGUGGUGGAGCAUCCUUUGCCGCAUGUCAAAGGCUGUGUGUGCUUGGGCUGCCUGCAGCGACAGUUGGGGCAAGAGUUCCAAUUGCAAAAUGAAAAAUGAUAAGCUUUAGUUAAAUGUAGUUAUGGUUUUCUUUAUAUAGUAAUAA